AUGAGCGAGGCUCAGCAAGAUACGACGAGUACAUCGGUCUCCCCUACCAGCCGUCCGCCGAGACAUGUGCCAGCGCGCGAAGAUAGCGUCCAGGAGACCGAGCCAGCGGAAGGGGCAUCUGCUGCCCAGAGGGCAAGCAUCACUAGAUCUAUCAGCUCUCAGGGCGGCAGUGGAAGUAUCCUGGGCAUGAUAUCAGCUUUCGGACAUCAGCAGCAAGACAUGGGCGAGGAUGCAGAUGCAGACACGAGCGACGACGAGGCCCGGCCAGCUUCCACUCGUCCUGCGCGGCCAAGGCGUCAGUCUACGAUCAGACCGACGCCGAGCUCGUCCUUACGCGCAUCCGAUAUUGGGUCCGAUGAUGCCGAAGAGUCGGCCGUCGUCGCUCAGGCGUCAAGGAUCUUACCCAUGCGUCAUCCGGGCUCAAAGCAGCAAGAUUGGGCAGCGCACAAUUCACCGCGAGCGCGAGUGCAAGAGUCCGGGGAUGACGCCCAUACUACUACGGAUGACGAAGCCGUCAAACCUGGCAUGCGCGAGCUGCUGGGCGAGCGGCGGCAGCGCAGUUCAAGCGCGGCUGGGCCGAGCGCUCCAACAACCUCACCCAGCAUACCCUCGGAAAGUCCUCGCUCGCCUGCAGACCAAGCUCUUGCCGUGUCGCUCGAUGAGGCGUCAGAAGGAAUAAAUGACCAGAUGCGUGUCUCACCACGCUCUGAGGAAGACCGCAAGACUCUGCUUGCCGAAAAGGUCAAAGAAGUUUUCGGCUUGCCCACCGUAGAGCCACUCACUCACGAACUUUCGUGCUGGCUUUAUCGAGAGAUCCUCAUACAAGGCUACAUGUAUCUAACAGCUUCACAUGCGUGCUUCUACGCCCAUAUGCCGCGGCGGUAUGGCCAGGUCUUGCGCUCGGGCAGCCUAACGAAACGGUCGUCAAAGACGCGGCGAUAUUCACGCCAUUGGUUCAUCUUACGGAACAGCGUCUUCAGCUGGUAUUCGAGCUCCACAGAUCCGUAUUUCCCAGAGGACGCAAUCGACCUAGAGUAUUGCACUUCGGUUGAGAGCUCUUUGAACCAUUCCACGCACUUCAAAGUCGCCAUACGAGACAGACGCUAUCAUUUCGCGGCAGACUCGAGAGCCAACAGAGAUGAAUGGGUCAAGAUCUUGCGCAAGGCUGUCUUCCGCACCCAACACAAAGGCGAGAGCGUCAAGAUUAUAAUCCCCGCUUCUGCGAUAGACCAGGUCACUCGUCAGAAGCCUCUCGAUUUUGCAGAGACAAUUCAGAUAGAAGUGAGAGAGCAGAUAAGCAAAGAGCACGCUACUUUGCAAUUUGCAUACUUUGCGGACUUGGAUCUGGCCAUGGAAGCCCUUCGAUUCCUGUCUGAGUCUGCGCCAGCGACGCAAUCGCAGUUGAUAGACACGACCACAACUGUGCAUCCGACGGAGCCUACAGGAAUGACAGACACCGAAGACGAUUCAGAUUUCGGCGAAUCGCGGGGAAAUAGUCGAAACAUCUCCAAAAAGUCGAGCUUAUCGGCCUUGGCGGGUCAUAUCAAGCCCGGCGCAGAUCACAGCAGCGACAUGACCGGCGGACGCUCAUCGGCGGACUUGUCAGAUCAUGACAGCCUUUCACGCAUUCGUUCAGCCGAUUCACAGACAACACUCAGCGAGAAAACUCGUCGCACGCGCAAAGCGCAAAAAUUGCCUCAGCUUGCUAAAGAUGACUCUACUCACACCUAUCCACCGUCAAGUCCGCACAGUCGCGCGAAUCCUCUUUCGCCAGACAGCAGCGAUUCGUGGAGCUUGACAAGCGUCUUGAAAAGGCCUGCAAAGACACUGAGCGGAACCUUUGGUAGCAAGCGCAACCAAAGUGCAAGUAGCGAGGCGUUCAGUCCUGAUAGUCUUUCGCCGAGUCACAGCUUUAGUCAAAAACAAGACGACCAAUCGUAUUCCUUUGUGCUCGACAAAGACGCUAUCGUAGAUGACGAGCGAGCGCAUCGAUCAAGCGUCGAAGCAGAAGUACAUGCCGACUUCCGCAAAUUCUUCAAAGUUGCUGGCGAACGCGUCAUUGAAUCACACAGCGGUUGGUUAGCCCGGGCAUUGCCUGUAUACGGCCGCGUCUUUGUAUCGACUCACUUUGUCUGCUUUCGUGCAGAUCUGAUCUCCAGCACGAAAAUGGUGCUGCCCCUGACGGACGUCAUCGCCGUUCAGAAGCAUCGCGCGUAUCGGCCCGGUUAUUCCAGUCUGGUCAUCGUCGUCAAAGGACACGAGGAGAUCUUUUUCGAAUUUGGCAGCUCGAGCACGCGUGAUCGCAUGCUCAGAUCUAUCGAGGGCCGAGCAGAAUACCUGCAAGAUCUCGAGGAACAUCCACGCACCAAUGAAGAUAUCUUGCCUUCUACUAGAGAGGCGGAGAUGCUCAAAGAUCUCGAGCCUAGAGCAGGCAAGAACGAGCCUUUGCCACCGCCAGAGACAAGCGCCGAAAGUGUACCGCCGCUGAUGUUCAGAUCCACAAGCUCGACUUUCCUCAACUUCAGGCCGCACAAGUCUUUACAUUUUACCUGUUUGACUAUCGGCUCACGCGGCGAUGUUCAGCCGUAUAUUGCACUGUGCAAAGGCCUCAUUGCCGAGGGCCAUACUUGCCGAAUCGCAUCCCACGGCGAGUACCGGAAAUGGGUGGAAAGCUUCGGCAUCGAGUUUGGCGAGAUAGGCGGCGAUCCAGCAGAGCUGAUGAAGCUUUGCGUCGACCAUGGCAUGUUUACUGUCUCCUUCAUCCGCGAAGGUCUGGUCAAGUUCAAGGGCUGGCUGGACGACCUCCUCAAGACGUCCUACGAGGCCUGCAAGGGGACAGACGUACUCAUCGAAAGCCCGAGUGCUAUGGCCGGUCUGCACAUUGCCGAAUGCUUACAAAUCCCCUACUUCCGCGCUUUCACCAUGCCUUGGACGAGAACACGUGCCUAUCCCCACGCCUUCGCUGUACCUGACACGCACAUGGGCGGAAGCUACAAUUGGAUGACGUACACGCUAUUCGAUUCGGUCUUCUGGAAAGCAAUUUCUGGCCAAGUCAAUUCGUGGCGCAAGCAUACGCUAGGCCUGAGGAGCACGAGCGCAGAUCGUAUGCGACAGCAAUGCGUACCGUUUUUGUACAACUUCAGCCCGUCGAUCGUGCCCGUGCCACUCGACUGGCCAGAAUACAUCCACAUCACAGGCUAUUGGUAUCUUGACAACGCCGAUGACUCGGGUGGCGUUGAUGAAUGGACACCGCCGGACGAUCUCGUCGCCUUUCUCGACAGAGCAAAGCAGGAGCACAAGAAAGUCGUCUACAUCGGCUUCGGCUCGAUCGUCGUUUCUGAUCCUGAUGCGCUCACAAAGACAAUCGUAGAAGCUGUCAACAAAAGCGAUGUCUAUGCAGUCUUGUCGAAAGGCUGGUCCGACAGAGGUUCCAAAAAAUCCGCAACAGGUCAGGAUGACAAAGCAUCUGGAGACAAGAAGGACAAGGCGAUGAUGUCGAACACUAUUUUCAAUAUCAAAUCUUGUCCUCAUGACUGGCUUUUCGCCCGUGUUAAUGCGGCCUGCCAUCAUGGCGGUGCCGGUACAUGUGGUGCAAGCUUCAGAGCGGGUAUACCGACGAUCAUACGACCAUUUUUCGGGGAUCAGCACUUCUGGGCAGAUCGUGUCGACGCGCUUGGCAUCGGGACAGCUCUGAAGAAGUUGACAGUCGAUUCUCUGAGCGACGCUCUCAUCAAGGCUACGAUCGACGAGAAGCAGAUUGCCCGCGCAAGGAUGGUCGGCCAGAAUAUAAGGAAGGAGAACGGCGUGGCAAAUGCAAUCGAGGCCAUCUAUCGGGAUCUCGAGUAUGCAAAGGAUCUGAUAGCUAGUAUCAAGACGAAGCGGGUCGAGCCCGAGAUACUAGACACCACUACUGACGAAGAGCAUGAUAGCUUACCGCGAACGACGACAGAGAAGGUCGAGGCUAUCGUCUCUGGCAACGCAUCAGAUCCGAGUGAUGAGUCUUCUUGGGAUCUCGUCCACGAUCAGCAAGAUCAGGAUGAACCCGACACAGGUGGCCAAGCGUCUAAGGGCGGCAUCGCUACUCUAACUGGCCCAAUGCGCAAGCUCUUACAGCGUGCGAACGACGACUCGUCCGACAAGCCAGGCGCGCUCUCCAAAGUCGGCUCGGGCUUGUUUGACGCGCUACCUUUUGGAAGAAACGACGCGGUCGUCAAGGCCACAGACUAG